GGGUAGUAGAAGGAGAAUUUUCAGUACUGCUACACCAAAAUUUCGCGGAAAGCUGAUUCCCGUCGCCAGACCACAACCUGCUCCGAUUAUCGUGCCAACUUCGACUGAUGUCUAUUUUAUCUGGGUCUCAAAGACCGACAGAAAUACAAGUCUCUCCAUCGAUGGCCUUGGCGUGUUCUCAGCGUUGGCUUCCACCUUCAACAUGCAACAGCAAGGGCGAGGUGUCCUCACCCUCCAUCCAGCCACCACCACCAGUCGUGCCUACACUAGCUACUACAGCAGAUGUUCAAUCCAGCUCAUCACUCUUGCCCUCUGCUCUCUCGACGACUGCUUGCUCUCCCACGAAUUCUCCAGUCAAUACUCGAUUCUUAGCUCCUCCGCAAGAAAUCGCAGAAUGUAAACAGCCAGUAGUCAGUCAGCUCAUGGGCCACCAGUCAUCCAGCCGGUUCACCAGCCACCACUUGCCCAAUAGCCCAACAAUCAAUGAGACCAGUCAACCAGCAGGUAGUGAAGCUCCCUUCCAAGAGUCACCUAGUCAAAUUUCAUUCCAUGAGUCGCCUAGUCAGUCCAUAUCUUGUUCCCAUCUCUGGGAUACUAGGACCAGUGAUACACCCAACAGCCCAGCGCCGACCACUGCCACUUCCACCAUCAGGCCCUUCAGAAUGCGGCGCCUAGUGAGAACUCUCUUUGAAGCAGCGGCUUUGGAAUAUGCCUCCGCUCUCCGCACGGCUCUUCUCUUCCCCAGCGCUACCAGUUCCAUCACCACUGCAACUACAACCCCGAGCUGUGACACUUCCCCUACUACGCAAAAACAUCUCAACCAGGGAAGGUGGAAAGCAAAGUGUGGAAAUGAAAGUAUCCAGCGACCCACCCAGCCAGUGAAACCUAUCUUUCAUCCCGUCCCCACCUCGCCACCACCUACGCCCGUUCCACCCACCUGGGCAGCUCCCAGGUCUUGGGAGCAAGGAGACAGCAUCGCGCAAGAUAUUCAGGAGAUUCGUUGCCAGUUUGACCCAGUCACUCCAUCACUCAGCCAUCAGCAGCAGCGAUCACUGUCGCACCAGCCUCGCGCAUCUCUCUCCAUUCCCACACCUACGCCUGGGAGGCGCUACACUAAAUGUGCUGUGACACCAUGUAAAAAUGCUCAGAUCUCCGGACGAACUAGACACGCGCGCCCUCUGUUUCGGGGAGGUCGUAGACGUGACCAAUGGACCACUCAGGAAGUGGAUGAGGAAGACGAGUGGAUUGACGUGGAGGAAGUGUCACCACCACGGACCACAUACCACCUCUACCGCAUGGGUGCUGAUGGUACAAAGUGUACUUUGCCUAUCACUGUCAUGUCUACAGAUCGGACGCCCGUAAUGUCACAGCUUCCUAUCACCCCGUCUUCACCAUCUCGGCGCCCUGUCACCACACUCACGCCAUCUCAGGGCCCUAUCACCACACUCACACCCUCUCAGCGCCCUGUCACCACGCCCACAUUAUCUCAUCGUGCUAUCACCACGCUCACGCCAUCUAAUCGUCCAACUCUUUCUCUGCAAAUGAUUCGGGAUCGUCGUAGUGUAGUUCAGCGUCAACCUUUACCCCACAAGAGCACUACACAGCAUCAGAGGUACUCGACUGUCUCGCGGCCCAGCUCUAUACAUCACCAGGAUAGAGCACCAACCGGUACAUCCCAGCGCCAUGUUGUGUCUGGCUCAAGUUAUUCAAAGCUUACUGUCCUCAAGAUUCCAGUCACUAGAACUCAGCAGUCUAAGAUGACUGUUAACAAGGAAGCUCUAGGUCAUGAGCGGGAUGUACUGGCCCAGAAGGUAGUUGUUGGACCCGAUCGAGACACAGAUGGGGACGAUGUGCAAGUGAUCCCAAAUACACAACCAGUUACAUCACAUUUUAUAAUCCUUUCAAGUGAUUCUUCACCUGAACCAAUUGAAAAGGAAGAUCCAAUUGGAACAUCUUCCGGAAAAGAAGAAUCUUACAGAAACUCGACUUCAAAGCAUGUUUCAAAUGAAACAUUCUCUGGAAGAAAAGAUAAUCUCAUGCAAAAAGUGUCUUCGGAUAAGAAUGCAGACGUAAUGAAUGUGUUGAUAUUGUCAGAUGAUGAUGAUGAGCUGCCGGACUUGAAUCGUUCAUUACCACCGGCAUCACCAAUUAGAGAGAAGCAAAUACUUGAACCACACAAGGCUUGCCAAUCACAGGUUGGGAAGCUAGAGGUUAGAUGUGAUGAUACGAAGAAAGACACAGCUGUAACAGAUAGUAAUUACCUCAGUGAUGCCUCCACUAUUAUCUUUGAAGAUGAUUUUGAUGUUGAUAUGUUAGAAGAAAAUUCUAAGGACAAAUUUUCAGGGGAUGAGUGUAAGAAUGCUGAAGCAUUUCAUAAGACAAUAAAAACAGCUGGAAACACGGCUGCACAUGCAAGUGCUUUAUCAGCUGAUGAACUUCCCCAACGUGAUAAUAAAAAAACUGAAGUUCCAAAUUUCAAGUUACUGCAAACAUCGUCAGAUGAGCCAGAAAGUUCUCCCAUGAUGGAGACGGGGGAACUUGAGAUCAUCAGAUCAACAGAUAAAAAGCAAGUUGACACUGUGCUUAUAAACAAAAUCCAUACAUUGCGAUUGGUGUUUUCUGAUUUUAUUCACCUUAACACCUUUCCUUGCCCCUUGAAGCACUCCCAGACGAAUGUCGUCGAUAAGCACCAAGAAUCUGCAGAUGGUGAUACAAGAAACCAGUUCAGCGAAUUUGGUAAGACUAAGUUCGCAGAUAACAUCAAGAUACGAGACGAUGAGAGCACAGAAAUACUUGGACAGCCAAGGAAGCAUGAUAAUUAUGUUGUAAGUAGAGGUUUGGAGCAGUACAGACAGGGGAGAGAGAGUUCCUUAGAACAUAAAGAUGCGGUGAGGUUACUCAAGGAAGACAGUCUGAAUAUGCCAGAAUCACUGAACGUGACUCUUCAGGGAAGAAUUUCCUCUGAAGCUAAAGCGAGAGAUCUGGCAAAAGGAAAUUCAACAAAUGAGAAUAAUGCUGAUUACUGCGAGUUCACAGACGUGUCCUCCAUCAUCUUCGUGAGUGAUGGUCAGCUCAUCUUUCCCGUGCAUGUGCUGAGCGUUUCCCAGCAACAGCGUAUGCAGGUCUCGCCAGCUGAGGAAGUUGGUAUCAUUCACCAGUGUGUUUAUUCAGGUCGGGCAUGUGAUGCUGGUGCAGCCUUGAGUGGAAACAUCGAAAUGUCUGAUAGUCAUGUUUCAGAGGUACGAAAACGAGAAAUUUCGAUCCCAGAGAACAAAAGUUUAGGGGAUGACACUCAAACCUUCAAGAAAAAAGAUGUAAUUUUAUUUAAGAAGGAUGGGACUUCAAGGGAUAAAAUGACAUAUGGGGAUUAUAAAAGCGUACAAGAGCAAAAGCCAAAGGAAGAGUGUAAAUUAAUACAAAAAUACAAAACCUUUAAGGAAACCUGUAACUCUGAGAUAGAAAAAGAUCCUGUUCAGGGUACAAAGGUAAACAUAUUGAUCAAUGAUGGAAGCCUGAAUGAAUCUAAGGCUUCUAAAUCUUCACCAACCCACUUUGAAAAUAAAAGUAUUAGCAGUUCUUACAAUGAGCAGACCCUAACUACCACCCUGACAGAUGUUACUUGUAAGAAUAGCUUUGAAACGUGUGAAACUCCAUCUGUUGAUAACCUCAAAGAACAGUUAGACUCGACUAAGGAAAUUGUUAGAUCACUAAACAAUGUAUUAGAGGUCCAGAAAAUUUCAGAAUCACAAGAGUCGCAAAACCCUUCGCUGGAGAAGGAAGAACUGCUAAAAUCCAAACUUGAAAACGAUGGACUAGAGCGUAAAGAGACUACAAAUUUACAAAAGCCACAGGUCAGUGGUAUGAAGAGCCAAGAAAAGCCAGACCCACAUAUUCUACAAAAUGAUGUACUGGUGGACCACUCAUUAUCAGAAUCACUGAGGGUGACACAUCAACCAGUACCAGAAUCACUGUGUGUAGCAGAAAAGAACACAAGGGCAAAAUACCAGGUUGUGGAGAUGCAAGAAAGAUUAGAAAAACCCGGUGUAAAAAAAAAUCAAGGAACAUCAGUCUCACCAUCGCAACCGAAGGUCGUGUUAGAAAAUAUGGAUCUACUUCGUUGCGAAACCUCAGCCCGUGGAAGUACCCUACUCACCACUAGUGAAGAUGGCGUUGCUAAACACGAGGAACUGGACACCGUCAGUGCUUCUACCGAAAUUAAAACACAACCUUUAUGGUAUCAAAGAUAUCGUAGUAGUAUUAUUCAAGGACUUGUGGAAGAGCUAAGAAUCAUGGGAGAGAGAGAGAUGAAAUUCACACUUGAGGAAAGAACGACAUUUACAAAAGAAAAAGACAGCGGUGAUAAUGACAAAAGCAGGAAGAUAAUAAUGAAGGAAGGUAGGAAGAUGGAAGAAAGCACAUCAGUUGUUUUAAGCGAAGGGAAUAUAAAAGAACGUACAGUAAAUGUUUUGGAUGAGGGUAAGAUUAACGAAUGCAUAACAGUUGUUUUAAACGAAGGGAAGAGGGAUGAUUGCACAGCUGUUUUAGACGAGAGGAAUAUGAAAGACUGUGCAGUAAAUGUUUUGGAGGAAGGUGAGAUUAAAGAAUGCAUAACAAUUGUCUUAAAUAAAGGAAAGAUGGAAGAAUGCACUACUAUUGUUUCGAACGACUGGAAAAAGACGGAAGAAGGCCAAACAAAAUUGUUGCAGUUAAAGACUUAUGAGAGUGAAUUAAGAGGGAAAUCAUCCAUUUUACCUCAAAUGAAUGGAAAAUUGUUCUUCAUUCCUCAGAUGAAUAGAAAAUCACCCAUCGUGUCCCAACUCAAUGAAGAUAAGGAGAAACAAAGGAAGUCAAUCCCAUAUCUUAAACCUAUUGUUACAAAUACAAUUAAGAUGGCUACGAUAGGCAGUAUUGAUAAGAAAUGUGAUAUAACAGAAAAAGAACCUCAUACAGUUCAUGUGCUUACUAAAAAUAAUGUAGUGGAACAGGAGGUUGAAUUUAUAAGAAAAGUGAAUGUUGCACACACUCAGACAGCAGAUAUUCAGAGUGAAAGAGACAGAAUAGAUAAAAAUGGUUUGCCACUCGCUUUUAAAGGUCAGUAUAAUGAAUCCGCCACUAAUGUGUCAGAAAUGACAGAAUUGCCAGUAACUGCAGUUAAAACUGAUAAUGAAAGAGAAAAAAAAUGUAAAAAAAAUGAAAACGAAGCUAGUGAUCAGAGGAUAAGCCAGGUUAGAGAAUUGGAAAAUGUACAGAACACAGUAGAUGGAAAGGAUAAUAACGAUGUUAGGUUACCUGCGAUUCAGAAAGAAACUAUAAUUAACAAAAAUGAAGAUCAGUCAGAUGAUGGAAAAUACUGCUCUCGUGUAAGUAAACUGAAAGAUAAUGAAACUAGAGAUUGCAGUAUACCCAGAUCGUACCAAACAGAAGAGUCAAGUAGAAGAAUAAACAAGGUUGGAGACAAGCCUGCCAUGAAUGAGUAUCAAUUUAAAACCAUUGAUGUAUAUGUAAAAGACAUAGCAGGAGAAUCGAAAACGAUUACACCCGGGCAAUUACUUCAGUCUGAAAAGAUGAUUGAAAAUUCGAAGACAAGCGUUAAGGAGAAGACGGGAGAAAAUGAAAACGAAAGAGAAAAUGAGGACACAACGUCCAAGGUACAAGGUGCUUCCCCAGAAGGUCCUCUCAGAGUCUCGUCGAGACUCGUGACUGUGAAGCACGACUCUGUCGCCACCUCUGUGUCUCCGUCACAGUCUAGCAUUUCCUCACUUAGCGACUUCGUGAAACGGAUUUCGCAGAAGAUUGAUCAGCUGAAAGUCAAAACAAAAUCUACUGUAAUGGAUGCAGAACGCUAUCAACAUUCUCAUAAGCGACUGCGGGAGUUUGAUUCUACUUUAGAGGACUUUAUCACUAAGCAUCGCCAGGCUGAGGAAGGUAAACAAGCGGUUCACAAAAGGGUACUAUCCCCUGUUUCCAGCGAAGCUAGAAAAAUUAACAGUUGUGGAAAACCAAACGAUGUUGGAAAGAGUGAAGUGUAUUCCAGCAGGUGUAAACAGGAAACCAGGUAUAUAGAAGACGCCAAAAGGUGUGAGGAGGAUGAUAAGAGUAAUACCCUGCUAUCUGCAAGUGUACCGUCACAUCCAAGUGAUACAGAGUCGUCAAACAGCAAUGCACAGCAACACUCUAGUGAUUGCCAAAUAUCUGCCAGCGAUAUUAAGCAAUCUGUCCACAGUCAGCAAUUGUUGAGAUCUGGUACACUGCCAUCUCAAAACAAUACGCAGCCUUCUACCAGUAAUGAGAGUUCAUCUGCCAACGGAGUACGACCAGUGGAUAUUGACGCUGAAGUCACCCAGACAAAGAAGGAUGACAAAGAUUUUGGAACGACUGAAAAUAGCGGAAAGGAAGGUGGUAGCACUACCAUUACGUGCAGCGAGAUCAGUAACAAAAUCUCCAGCGGAAAUGAUGCCACCGUCACCACCCCUAACAAGAGCACUACCACAACAAACAGCGACACCAUUGUCAACACCACUAACAGCAGCAGCACCACAGAUUCUAAUAUAACACAAACUACCUCUAAUAACACCGUUAAUAUAAGCAACAGCACCGCCACUGUCACCGUGGUCACCAGCAGCGCCUCCGGCAGCACUGGUCGAGCCAGGAAAAGAAGAAGGGAGAAAGGCACAAUCCACUACAUCCUUGAAGUUUCUUUGAAUGAGGUGUACAAGAAGUGUGUUGAUGUAGUGCGUAGCUUCGGGGAGAAGAUGGUAUCAUCCCUGCGUAGUAAGGAGGUGGUGGGCCACAACCACAGUUUCUCAACCCUCCAGCCUGAUUAUACUCGUUCCCUCCUCAACCAGAUUGUGAGGACCCGCAAAGGACCUUACCAACCAAGUAGCGAGGAAGACAAACUGUACCGGAGACUCCUCACCUUACACGGAUUAGUGAAGGCAGCUGAUCUCUUCUGUCACUAUGGCUUCCGUCCUGCCAUCCAUUGUCUUCAGCAGUUCCAAAUCUGCCACCAGGCCCUUAUACCAGGGUGCUAUAACAAGGUGCUAGCAGGCCUUCAGGAGCUUGAGGAAGGAGCUGACCUCACACACCCGAAGGUCAGGGCUCUGCAGGAGGAGAUGGCUCGCGCCAGGCACAGAGGUGACCCCAACGACGCCGAGACCAAGGUGCUGGUGGUGGCAAGGAGGGAGAGUCAGUGGGUGAGGGAGCAGCUAGGUGAGGCAUUGGGUGCUGAUACCGUGGCUCUACUAAGCAACAAACAGGGUUACCAUCAGGUCCUUAAACUGUUGGAGAGUCGGAGUGUGGUUGUGUGGAGUGAGGAUGAGGGGGAGGAGGAGGAGGCGAGUCUUUGCAGCAGCUACCGUGCUCACAGUUCAGCCUGGUGGUGGAGUGGGAGGCUGCUGCAUCACCAUCCUCCACCUGUGUCCACCACUGCACCAGACAGAACAUCCCUGUAGUCUCCUUCACCAUCUCCACCGCUCACUCCCCAGGCCUGUACCUACAAAAAUUGCUUAGAUAUAAUUUAUGGUUCAUUCCAGUUUUUCCCCCUCCAGUGCGGCUCUGCCGUCGUUGGCAAGUGUGAGAGUACACUGUUCUGGGAUAAAAAUAAAUGAUCCUUCCAGAUGAAACAUCAUAACCAUCAUUCACAGUGAAAGCGCUGUAUUUUCUACCUCCAGGACUCGAGUCUGGCUAACCAUUUUUCCUGAAUUCCUUCCACAGAGGUUACCCUGCUCGCACUCGAACACCACAUCACAUCCCCCGCAUCCCCCCCUCCCCCCCCAAAAAAGCAGCUUGUUUCCACUUGGAUCUAACUCGCUCAAACCCCAACUCUUAAAACUUCCUUCACUCCCAUCCCUUUAACCUACCUGGGACAGCCCCUACAUUUACCUCGGUCCACCCUUGAUUUAAACAAUCUUGGUCAUCUUGUUCUGCUCCAUCGUUUCUAAAUGGCCAAACUACCUCUCUCUACCACUCUCUGAAGUAUAUCUUUCAUAUCACCACAGACAUUAUUCUUCACUCCUUAUUCUCGGUAUAAUAUCCAUACCUCACAUUGCUCUCAAACGUUACUCUUCACUGCCUCCAACCUCCUUCUCGCUGCAACAUCCAAAUUUUCAUUCAUGCCUGAAACCCAUAUAAGUGUUGACACUAUAAUGCAUUCUCAUGUAUACUUCCAUCUUUUUUUUUAUACAACAUUGUAAACUCCUUCGCUAACUUCUGCAGCUCUUCUUUUUUAACCGUUUCCAGUCACUGCAGAAAAAACUGGACACAAUCACAAAAAACUUGCAGUGCGAGUAAAAAUUGUUAUGGUACUGCAAUAUUCUCUAAUUAUUUAUUUACAAACCGAACUAAAUAAUACAGACAAAGAUACAAUCUAGAGAGCCUCAUUUUAUUGGGACGGUGUUUCUCUCUUGUUGAAGUUGUGUAAAUUUUUACACGGCAAAAUGCUGUAUCGCUAAUAGCUUAUUCUGCAUCGUGUCUUUGUAUCAUUAUAUUAAUGGUAUAUAAUACCGAAAAAGUGAUGAGUAAGACAUGUGCAACACAUGGAUAUCUUCAUUGUCCAAACGACUGAAAAAGCCUGCUGCGCGGGCGAAACAUCUCGGCAGUAAAGAUAUCCAAGUGUUGUCUAGGUGUGUUAUUCAGCAGUGUGCCUUUGUGGUAAUACCUGUCUGCUGUACGUUAUUUUAUGCACGUAGUACGUAAAAUGAUAACGUGUGUGUGUUGUGGGUAUAAUGGGGAGUUGAUAUGACUGGAACAAUAGAUGUCCAUGCUCUGGUUGCGUUGUAUUAAGAUACAGUUAUAUAGGUCUGCGGAGCCGAGGUCCUGCCUCAAAGGAAUCCAACUUAUAACUCUCAGAUCCCACCUACGUGCGGGAUAUGAAACUGAGAAGGUCAGCGAGUGGUUUCAAAAGGUACGUGAGUUGACACUAGGAGAUAUUAGAAAACGUUUCUAUCUUAGAACCUUGGUCACGUCUUAACAUACACAGA